AUGGCAGAGAACAACCCCGAGUUUGAGGCUUUUAUCGCCGAGCAACUUCAAACCAUCGCCAUUCAGGAUGAGGCGAUCACAGAAUACUUCGCAAGGCUGGUGGAAGAAGAAUCGAUGGAGGAGCCCGAGAGGCGUGAGGCGAUCACAGAACUCCUUGCCGAUGUGACCGAAGAAUCGACGGAGGCGGUCAUUGACGCUGUCUUUGUCUACUGGAACAACCUCCGUGAUGCUGAGCUCAAGAAGGUCGAGGAGGAGAAGGAAAAGGCCCUUGCCGUAGCUAAAGAGAAGGAGAGGGCAUCAUUCAAGGCAGAUUUGCACAACGACCCAUCCGCCAACAGAGGUGAAGGCCCGCUCUCAAUGUCCUCCCGCCACGUUGUCAAGAACAUGACAAAAGAAGAACGCAAAAAGCGGGAUGCCCUUCUGGCCCAAUACGGAUACGAUCUUGACGAGAUGGUCGAGGGUGCCGAUGGAGAGAUGGAGAUUGUCUACAAGGAUCGGUCAGGAAAGGGAGGAGCUGAUAAGGGAGUAGCGACGGGAGACCCAUUGUUGAUGGCUAACAAUAAUGCGGACAUUGUGAAGCAGAAGGACGCCGCACGGAGGACGGAGAUGAAGAAGGCGAGUGAGAAUGAGAAGGAAAGGAAUAAGGCUGCGUUGGAGAAGCAGCGGUUGGCUCAGGACAAGGAGAAGCGUAGGACGCAAAAGAGUGAGAAGCGGAGGAUGUAA